AUGUCAGAUGAUCAAGAAGACGGAAUGUUAAGGACUGUUGCUCCAGCAUGUAAAAAUCAAAAGUACUCUAUAAGGCAAUCAAUACGCUGGCUGUUAGUUCGUUAUUAUGAUAAAGAAUCAAGGGAACUACAUUUUAAUCGAAUUUUCAGAGUGGAACAAAUUACAUUUGAAACAAGAAAUGAUAAAUCGACCUCUUUAACAUGGAUAAUUGAUGAUAAAAUUUGUUCAACAGAAGAUUUAAUAAUAAUAUUUAAAAAAGAUUCAACAGGAUUUCAUCGAAUGUAUACUAUUUCGGCUAAUGAAAGAAAUUAUCAUUUUACUGAUGAAUUACAUGAUGAUGAACAUGUUAUUAUUACUACUUAUCAUGAUCAGGCAUUCGGUUUAUCUGAAUUAGGUAAAUUUGUAGUAGAAAUAAAUUGUUUAACUGAUAAUUCAAUGAAAUUUUAUUAG